AUGGCCACGAUGCCGCGCCACGCCCUUCCGAUCUUGUCUAUGUUUGUCAUGCCGCAGCGUCUGCAACUCACCAGGAACGGCAUGCGAGGUGCUGGCUUCGCAAACUCCCACACAGUCCAGCCCGAACUGAUACUUCAAAGUAGGGUGACCACCUUUGCCAACAAAGUGACUGGUCACCUAUCGACGCCGAAAGAUGUCAAAGCUAUAGCUGUCAGGGAUCUCGAGUCAGGGGCCCAUAAGAAGGAUUCUAGAAGGCUGAGUAUCUAAACGAACAGGCCAAAAACCCGACGACCCUAGGGAUGUGAGGUAGGGUUUCUUGGUCCCUGGAUGUUCCAAGCAAGGUAUGCCCACCAAGAGUGGCAUCCCAAUCAUCCGUGGUGAUUUGCAAAAACACUGAGAAUUGAUGUGUGUUUCAAUAACUUUCAAACUCGCCGAAGGUUCGGGCGUCUGGAGCAUGGUCAGGGG